AUGUGGAUUUACAAUCCUAAACAUGACAUUGAAUUUGAGAAGGGUGAAUUAUUCACCAAUGUGGAUGCAUUCAGAGCUGUCUUAAAAGAUUAUGUUAUUCAAAAAGGUUUUCCACUUCUGAGAUUGAAAAAUGAGAGAUCGAGAGUGACUGCUAUAUGCAAUGCUAAGGGAUGUCAGUGGAGAAUACAUGCAUCACCAAUGGCUGAUAAUAUAACUUUUCAGAUUAAAAGUUACCAACCACAGCACACUUGUGUAAUGGAUAAACACUGUGCUGAAGCCACUUGUGAUUGGAUGGCCAAGAAGCUGGUUGGUGUCAUGAGAGAUCAUCCUAUUAUGACCAGUAAAGGUGUAGAGGCAAAGUUGAGAAAGUAUGGUGUGAAGCCAAGUAAAAUGCAGAUUUUCAGAGCUAAGAACAAAGCACUUAAUGAAAUAGAAGGCACACAUGCUGAAUCUUAUUCUAAACUCCCCUCAUAUGCUGAACUGUUAAGGAACAAUAAUCCCAAUAGUAUUUAUAAAAUACAUUAUGAUAGGCCAAAUCUAUUAAUUGAGCCUAAAUUUCUGAGAAUAUUCAUUAGCUUUAAAGCUCAAAAGCCGGGAUUUCUAGAAGCAUUUGCUGUAACUGAAUGCGAGAACAAGGAUACUUGGAGGUGGUUCUUCUACUACUUUCAAGAGUUCUUUGGACCAUUAGACAACAACAUCCCUUUAACUUUCAUGAGUGAUAGGCAGGAGGGACUGAAUCUUGCUUAUGAGGAGAUAUUUCCUGAUGCAACUGGUAGGCAUUGUUGUAGGCAUAUAUGUAGCAAUUUCAAGUCUCAGUUUCCAGGAAUAUUACUUAGAAGUUUCUUUUGGAAGACAGCAAAAAGUUAUGAUGUUGUUGACUAUAAUAAAGCAAUGGCAAGUAUUAAAGAUAUUAACAUUGCUGCUUGGAGAUAUCUGGACAAAAUUCCAAGAAGUUCCUGGUGUAGGCAUGUCUUCUCAUCUGAACUUAAGUGUGAUCAUGUAACAAAUAAUUUCACUGAAUCCUUUAAUAAUUGGGUUGGUGAUCUUAGAGGAAAGCCUAUAUUGACAUUAGUUGAUGGUUUGAGGAGAAAGUUCAUGAAAAAGUUGCAUAAGAGGUACCAAAAAUGUUGCACUUUGACUGCUAAUAUCACUCCCAAGAUUGCUGAGAAACUCACACAGAUUAGCCAAGCAUCAAGAAAAUGUGAGAUACAUAUGGCUAGUGAAGAUACAUUCGAGAUUGGUGAUGUUGAUAGAAGCUACAUAGUUAAUCUCAGCAAAAGAAUCUGUGAUUGUGGUGCUUUUCAAAUAUCUGGAAUUCCAUGUAAACAUGCGGCAUUGGAAAUUAUUUACAGGAGGAAAAAAUUGAAACAUUACUGUGAAGCCUGGUUCACAAGGGACAUGUAUUUGAAGGCAUACUCUGAAAUGAUUCAUCCUAUUCCUGAUGUGAAAAGGUGGCCUGCGAUGCCUAAUUUACUCCCAAAAACUGUGUUGUCACCUCCUUUGCGAAGAGCUCCUGGUAGACCAAGAGUAAAUCGAAGAAGGGAAGCUGAUGAGAGAGCUUCCUCUUCACAACCAAAAAGGAGCAGCACUCUCAAGUGUGGCCAUUGUGGAGCUUUUGAUCAUAAUAAGAGGACCUGCAAAGGACAACCUGUGCACAGAACGACUGCAAACAAAACCAUAGCUGAACUGAUGACAAAUAGGAGAGGUAGACCAGGCAGAGGAAUGGCCAGCACAGGCUUAUCAGGAGCUGUACUUUGGGAUUAUGCAGAAGGAGCAGUACCUAUAGUUCACUCCAGUCAAGGGAGCAAUCCUAGUCCUACUGGUCAUAAUGGAGGUGUUAACGUGCAGAAUAAUUGUCAAACUACUGCGGCAGGCUCUAACAGAAAGAGAGGAAGACCUGCUUCAAACAAUCCUUCUACUUCAACAGUCAGAGGUACUGGUAGGACCAAAAGUACUAGAAUAUACUCCAAUCCUCAGGUUCCAGUUCAUUCGACUUCUGACAUAGCUGAAAAUGCUACACUUGUCAACAUGAAUGCACCACCAAAUGUGAACUCUAAUAGCAUUAGCAGUACUAGCACUUUCAGUAACUGGUUUUGA